CCUUGAACAUAUUUUUCUCUCAUAUUUUUCUUUUUUGGCUUGCCAUGGCGAUGGCUGAUGACGAGCAGUACCGGUCUCCAACCGGCCGUCAACCUGUGUCAAAAAUUUGUAGGGUUUGUAGCGAUGAGAUUGGAUACAAAGAAGAUGGUACUUUGUUUGUGGCGUGUCAUAAAUGCGGGUUCCCAGUUUGUCGGCCUUGCUAUGACUAUGAAAGGAGUGAUGGGAACCAGAGCUGUCCUCAGUGCAACACCCGCUAUAAGCGUCAUAAGGGAUGUCCUAGGGUUGCUGGAGACGAGGAAAACAGCGAUGCGGACGAUUCUGACGAUGAUCUUCAGAUUAAGAAUAGUCAUCAUGAUGACUCCGAUAUGCAACAUGUCACUAACCAUUUGGAAAAUGGGGACUACAAUUACCACCAACAGCAUCCUUAUAAUGGUUCUGUUGAAGGAAAUGUUGCUGGUAAGGAAUUUGAAGGAGAGAAAGAGGUGUACAGUAAUGGAGAAUGGAAAGAGAGAGUACAGAAAUGGAAGGUCAAGCAAGAAAAGAGAGGUUUCCUUGGCAAAGAUAAUGGAAAUAAAGAUCGGGGAGAUGACGAUGAAUUCCUUUUGGCUGAAGCCAGGCAACCAAUGUGGCGAAAAAUACCAAUCUCCUCAAGCAAAAUCAAUCCAUAUCGCUCAGUCAUUGUUCUCAGGCUCAUCAUUCUUGCUUUCUUCCUCCGCUUCCGAGUUUCAAAUCCAGCACAUGAUGCUUAUCCGUUGUGGCUUAUCUCUGUAAUAUGCGAGAUAUGGUUUUCCCUCUCUUGGAUAAUUGACCAGUUCCCUAAAUGGAGCCCCAUCAUCCGAGAAACUUACUUGGACCGCUUGUCCCUGAGGUUUGAGCGUGAGGGAGAACCAAACCGUUUGGCCCCAGUUGAUGUCUUUGUGACUACUGUUGACUCUGUCAAGGAACCGCCAAUCAUAACAGCGAACACUGUUCUUUCGAUCUUGUCUGUUGAUUACCCUGUUGAUAAGGUGAGCUGUUAUGUGUCGGAUGAGGGUGCAUCGAUGCUCAGUUUUGAUACGAUCGCAGAAACUGCCGAGUUUGCAAGAAGAUGGGUGCCAUUUUGCAAGAAAUAUAACAUUGAGCCAAGGGCACCAGAGUUCUACUUCUCUGAGAAGAUUGAUUACUUAAAAGACAAGGUGUUGCCCAGCUUUGUAAAGGAGCGUAGGUCCAUGAAAAGAGAGUAUGAAGAGUUCAAAGUAAGGAUUAAUGCAUUGGUGGCAAAGUCUCAGAAGAAACCAGAAGAAGGAUGGGUGAUGCAAGACGGUGCCCCGUGGCCUGGAAAUGACACCGGUGAUCAUCCAGGCAUGAUUCAGGUAUAUCUUGGGAGUGAAGGUGCACUGGAUCUAGAAGGUAAGGAGUUGUCGCGGCUAGUGUAUGUUUCACGUGAGAAACGACCUGGAUAUCCACACCACAAGAAACCUGGUGCCAUGAACGCCCUGGUACGAGUUUCUGCUGUACUUAGCAAUGCACCUUUCAUGCUGAAUCUGAAUUGUGACCACUACAUCAACAAUAGCAAGGCUGUACGGGAAGCCAUGUGCUUUCUGAGGGACCCCCAGGUGGGAAAGAAACUCUGCUUUGUCCAAUUUCCUCAAAGAUUCGAUGGCAUCGAUAGUCAUGAUAGAUAUGCCAAUCGCAACGUUGUGCUCUACGAUAUCAGCAUGAAAGGCUUGGAUGGCAUCCAAGGCCCGAUUUACGUUGGCACUGGAUGUGUAUUCAACAGGCAGGCAUUGUACGGCUAUGAUCCACCGGCGUCUGAGAAGCGGCCAAAGAUGACAUGUGAUUGCUGGACUUCAUGGUGCUGCUGCUGUUGUGGGAGUUCGAGGAAGUCAAAUACAAAGAAGAAAAGUACUGGAAAGAGCCUGCUUUGGGGACUUUAUAACAAGAAGAAAAAAAUGAUGGGGAAGAGUUGCUCGAAGAAAGGGUCUGGACCUACGUUUGAUCUUGAAGAUAUAGAAGAAGGGCUCGAAGGUUAUGAUGAGUUUGAGAAAUCAUCACUCAUGUCACAGAAGAAUUUCGAGAAACGGUUCGGACAAUCUCCAGUUUUUAUUGCUUCCACUCUUAUGGAAGAUGGUGGCCUUCCUGAAGGGACUGAUCAAACUUUACUUAUCAAAGAGGCCAUUCAUGUUAUCAGUUGCGGCUAUGACCAGAAAACUGAAUGGGGAAAAGAGAUUGGGUGGAUAUAUGGUUCCUCUAAAGAUGAUAUCUUGACAAGCCUCAAGAUGCACUGCAGAGGAUGGAAGUCAGUGUACUGCAUGCCAGAGCGAGCAGCUUUCAAGGGAUCGGCUCCAAUUAAUCUAUCAGAUCGUUUACACCAAGUUCUGACAUGGGCUGUUGGCUCUGUUGAAAUUUUCUUUAGUCGCCACUGCCCACUUUGGUAUGCUUAUGGAGGAAAACUGAAAUGGCUGGAAAGACUGGCUUACAUUAACGCCAUUGUUUACCCUUUUACUUCCAUCCCUCUGCUUGCAUACUGCGCCGUUCCUGCCAUCUGUCUUCUGAGUGGAAAGUUCAUCAUCCCCACGCUGACAAACAUUCCUGGCGGAUGGUUCAUGGCUCUUCUCCUCUCCAUCAUAGUAACAAGCGUGCUUGAGAUCAGAUGGAGUGGUGUUGGCAUUGAGGACUGGUGGCGCAGUGAGCAAUUCUGGGUGAUUGGGGGCGUUUCAGCACAUUUUUUUGCUGUUUUUCAAGGCCUCCUCAAAGUGAUUACUGGAGUGAGCACCAACUUCACAGUGACAUCAAAAUCAGGUGAUGAUGCUGAGGUAGGGGAGCUCUACCUCUUCAAGUGGACCAACCUUCUCAUCCCUCCAACCACUCUCAUAAUCAUGAACAUAGUAGGAGUUGUGGCCGGGGUUUCCGAUUCUAUUAACAACGGCUCUGGCUCAUGGGGUCUGUUAUUUGGGAAGCUACUUUUCGCCUUCUGGGUCAUUGCUCAUCUCUAUCCUUUCCUCAAAGGUUUAUUGGGCAAGCAAAACAGGACUCCUACCAUUAUAAUCCUUUGGUCCAUACUUCUUGCAUCAAUUUUGUCAAUGCUUUGGGUUCGAAUCGAUCCUUUCUUGCCUAAGCAAACUGGGCCAAUUCUUAAACCUUGUGGGGUGGAGUGCUAGAUUUGCUCGUUUACCUUUCCCUUCUAGCGAUUCUCAUUCUUGUUGAUUCCAGUAUGUAGUGCUACUUUUUGCUUGUUUCAGUCUUCAAUUGAGAGUGAGUUCAUUUGUUGUGUAUAGGCAUUUUAAGAGACUUUUUACAUACCAAAGGGUAGA